UUCAUAACCCACCGGUUUAGGAGCCAGCUCUGGUAUAGGUCGUGUUAGACCUCAUGAGACUUUACUUCGAGUCUCAGACUAGCCGCCGGAAAACAGUCAUGAACUUUGUCGUCAGACGACUGGGCUCGGUUUUGCCGUCGCUACGUCACAGCAGCGGUUCACAGAGCCGACUCGCCAGAACAGAGGCAGGUCAGCCGAGACGGCGAAACAAGUUGCCUUCUCUUCCGUUCAAGAAGAAGGAAGAGAAAUCCGAAUGGUGGAUCGUGGACGGAGAGAUGCACGAGAUAGGUGAUCACAUCCCUCCCCGUGAGCGAUUCACAAUCCCUAGAGAUAACAUCCCGAAUAAACGCCGUAAGCAGCUCCGUGAGCAAUUCAUGCGCCGCACUCGCCUUGUCCUUAAAGAAUCGGAACAUGAGCCAUGGUGCAAAAAGUAUAUGGAACUAUAUAAUGAGCUUAGAGAGAACUGGGAGAGGCUUUAUUGGGAUGAAGGAUAUUCAAAGAAAAUUGCGAGUGACCAUGCUAAUUAUGAGUCCGCUGAAGAAGACGAUGAAGAUUUUAAUCCAUACAGGAACAGGCGGUCUUACAGCGAUCAAGCCAAGGAGCAAGGGUUUAAUAGACCUAUGCAAGGUGAUAGCUGGGAGAAAGUCAAUCAAGUCAGAGACAAAUUUGAGUAUGAUAGAGAAAGGAGGAUGAGAGAUAAAGCCUUUGCACCAAUGAAUGCAGCACCGGCCUCUGAAGACUCUAGGGACUUGAAUUGGAAUGCACAAAGACGACCCUUUGAUGCUGAGAGAUACACUAGAGAUUGAAUACGUUAACAUCACAUGAGAGCAAGUAGAUUGAAUGGAGCUUUGGCGUAGCUUUCUACUCUAUUUUAUAUCCAUGUGAACAUCAAUUAUUAUUACUUUGCAAAAGUAUGCAUUCAGUUACUAGAUGAUGUAGCGCUGAUCGUCUUAUGUUUGAGUGCAGCUUGAUUCUGGGCUUUAAACGGUAAAUGAAUUUGUUACGCAGCAAGUAAAAACGGAAAAGGGUAACCUUUUUUCUUA